GAAAGAAGAAGAUGCGUAGACAGUCACUUCGGUCGUGUUGACUUGGUGCUAGCACCCUGGUCCUGUUUUCGCUUACAGUACACUCCAAAAAUACGUAAAAAAAAAUUUUGACAAAGGCAAGAUGAGUCUCCUACAGAAGAUAGCGGACAUUGAAGCCGAGAUGGCUAGGACUCAAAGAAACAAGGCUACAAUGGGCCAUUUAGGGCUUCUCAAAGCUAAAUUAGCCAAAUUAAGAAGAGAGCUUAUCACACCAAAAGGUGGUGGUGGUGUUGCUGGAGAAGGUUUUGAUGUUGCUAAAACUGGUGAUGCUCGUAUUGGCUUUGUGGGAUUCCCAUCAGUAGGCAAGUCCACAUUGCUGAGCAACCUUGCUGGUGUUUACUCAGAGGUAGCUGCUUAUGAAUUCACAACUCUAACUACAGUUCCUGGUUGCAUCAAGUAUAAGGGAGCCAAAAUUCAGCUACUUGAUCUGCCGGGUAUCAUUGAAGGAGCAAAAGAUGGUAAAGGACGAGGUAAACAGGUUAUAGCUGUUGCUCGAACCUGCUCUUUGAUUUUCAUAGUCCUGGAUGUUCUAAAGCCUGUUGGACAUAAGAAGUUGAUUGAACGUGAAUUAGAGGGUUUUGGAAUUCGACUGAACAAAGAACCACCUCAGAUUACUUUCAGAAAGAAAGAAAAGGGUGGUGUAAAUCUGCAGUGUGUAGUGCCUCAAACUGAAUUAGAUUUGGAAUUAGUGAAGACUAUUCUGGCUGAAUAUCGCAUCCACAAUGCUGAUAUUGUCCUUAAGUAUGAUGCAACGGCUGAUGAUCUUAUUGAUGUCAUUGAGGGAAAUCGGGUUUACAUCCCCUGCAUUUACCUUCUAAACAAGAUUGAUCAGAUUAGUAUUGAAGAAUUGGACAUCAUCUAUCGUAUACCCCAUUGUGUUCCCAUAUCUGCCCAUCAUAAGUGGAAUUUUGAUGAUUUGUUAGAGAAGAUGUGGGAGUACCUACAAUUGUGCCGAAUUUAUACCAAACCAAAGGGUCAGUUACCUGACUACAGCGCCCCAGUAGUUUUGCAUUCUGAGAAAAGGUCUGUGGAAGACUUUUGUAACAAGAUUCAUAGAACGAUCAUCAGAGAGUUCAAAUAUGCCCUUGUUUGGGGAAGUUCAGUCAAGCAUCAGCCACAGAAGGUUGGUAAGGAACAUGUCUUAAAUGAUGAGGAUGUAGUUCAGAUCUGUAAGAAGGUCUAAUAUAAGUAUUCUUCAGUAUUUGGUCAACUAAAGGAGAGGAUUUGGUCAGCUAAAGGAGAGGUGGUAGUUAAGGGAAUGUAUUUUCUUUUAACACGCCGUAUUGUGUAUUGGUUGGAUUAUCUUUUUACACAUUGUUAUAGCCUUUAAAUUUCUAAGAAGUGAAAGGUAUAUCUCUUAUUUUCUUUCAUUUACUGUAUAGCUAUUCAUAAAUAUGAGUUUUGGAGUAAAACCAGUAAUAUUAGAAAUUUUUAGUGACAGCGAGGCAAGAUUUUGUAUGUUCAGUAUACAAAGGCACACAUAAAAAUAUGAGUUUUCUUUCAAGUAACAAAAAUGGUUGAUUUUGACUGCAUUGAUGUUUUUGUAUGCUAUUCUUCAGGUAAAGUGAUGUAGAAGGCAUCAGUAUUAAAUACUUUAAAUUUUCUGCUGUGCCAUUUUCAUGCAUAAUUUCACUAACCAGCAUCGAAAAUAUCCCUAAAUAUUUUGACACUUUUUAUGUACAGUUCCAUCUGUGGUUUACCAGGUUUUGAGAAAUUGCAGUGCCUUUAUGUGAAAGUAAAUUUAAAAACACAUGCUAUGCUAUCGUGUUUGUAAUUUUUAAUUAUAAAGUUAUCACAGUUGGAAAAGAUUCCCAGGUGAAUUAAAAAAAUUUUAGGCUGC